AUGGAGAAAACAAUUAACAUUGCAGUUGUUCCUGGUGUUGGGUAUAGCCACUUGGUCCCUAUUCUUCAAUUCUCCAAGCUACUAGUUCAUCUUCAUCCAUACAUUCAUGUCACAUGUCUCAUUCCAAUACUUGGUUCUCCUCCAAGUUCCUCAAAAGCCAUUCUUCAAACUCUUCCAUCAAACAUCAACUACACUUUUCUUCAACCAGUACACCCCAAAGACCUACUACCACAAGGUACUACCUUAGCAUCACAACUUCAGCUCACAUUGACUCACUCAUUGCCAUUUAUACAUCAGGCCUUGAAGUCCUUAACUUUAAGGACACCCCUUGUGGCCUUGGUGGUUGAUUGUUUUGCAGUUGAAGCACUAGAUUUUGCUAAGGAAUUCAACAUGUUGUCAUAUAUGUACUACCCCGGAUCAGCUACUACACUGGCUUUGAGCUUCUAUUUGCCUAAGUUAGACCAGGAAACAUCGUGUGAGUACAGAGAUCUACCAGAACCUAUCAAAUUACCAGGCUGCAUACCAUUCCAUGGCAGGGAUAUCUAUGCCCCGGCUCAAGAUAGAUCAAUUCAGGCUUACAAAUUGUUACUCCAGCUUGUUAAAAGAUUCCAUUUUGCUGAUGGUGUUAUUGUUAAUAGCUUCUUAGAAAUUGAAAAAGGUCCUAUAGAAGCACUAGCAGAAGAAGGAAGUGACAACCCUCCUGUGUAUCCUGUUGGACCCAUCAUCUCGACUGUAACAAGUUCCGGUGAUGAUGCUAAUCGCGGUCUGGAAUGUCUCACAUGGUUGGAUAAACAACAACCUUGUUCGGUUUUGUAUGUGUCUUUUGGGAGUGGUGGUACACUUUCACAAGAACAAAUUGUUGAGCUGGCUUUCGGUUUAGAAUCGAGUAAUCAUAAAUUCUUGUGGGUUGUUAGAGCACCAAGUAGUAGUUCAUCUAGUGCUGCAUAUCUUUCAAAUUCGGCACAAAAUGAUGUUGACGUUAACCUUUCGCAAUUUUUACCACCCGGGUUCAUGGAGAGAACCAAGGAACAAGGAAUGGUUAUUCCAUCAUGGGCACCGCAGAUUCAAAUCCUUAGUCACAAAUCAAUUGGUGGAUUCUUGAGUCAUUGCGGCUGGAACUCAAUCCUUGAGAGUGUGAUGCAUGGUGUGCCACUAAUCACAUGGCCUUUGUAUGCUGAGCAGAGAAUGAAUGCAAUUUUGCUGAGUCAGGGCCUAAAAGUGGGAAUAAGGCCAAGAGUUAACGAAAAUGGCAUUGUAGAAAGGGUAGAGGUUUCUGAGUUGAUCAAGUGUCUCAUGGAAGGGGAAGAAAGUGAGAAAUUGUGCAAUAGAAUGAAGAAGUUGAAAGAAAAUGCUAUUAAUGCACUCAAAGAAUAUGGAUCUUCUACAAAGACUCUUUCUCAGUUAGCACUCAAAUGGAGAAAUAUGAUGCAGGAAAACUAGAUUUAAGGAAUGAUUUUGUUAAGUUUUUUGCUUUUUAACCAUUCUAGUUUUUCUGCUUCUUCUUUGGAAUAAGUUAAUCACUAUAAGUUGUAAUAUUAAGCUCCUAAUAGGAUGCAUGCUUAUUAGACAUUUUAUGUGAUAGUUGAGUUUAUUGUUUUGGUUUUUA